AUGCUUCCGAGCAGGGAGUCGUCAACGCAAUGCAACGACGAUACGGCUUCCCAUCGGCCCUGCGAGUCGGACACUUCCCUGAGGAACGUUGCGAUUGCUGGCUCCGUCGCAUUUGGCCAGCUUCCCUCCGGAAACAGAUCCUUCUCCCUCUGGGGCUGGGGCUCCGGUUCCAAGGACCCCGCGUCUACUCCGGUCACCGCGCAACCCGAAACCCAGACUCCCGCCAGUGCCGCUGUUACCGAACCUGCGGCUGCCGCGCCCGCUGCCGUCGAACAGUCCACCGUUGCUGCUGCCUCCGCUUCCUCCCCCGAGCCCCUCCCUGGAUCGGACGCCACCGCCGAGCUCUCCAAAAUCAUUCCCUCCGAGCUCGACAACUAUGAAUCCAUCUCCUCGAUCCCAGAACAAAUUGGAUACCUCCAUACCCUCGGCAUCGACUUCGGCGUCGGUACCACCUCCAUGAUCCAGUGGCUACUGGAGCACGUCCACGUCUACUCUGGCUUCCACUGGUGGGGCUCGAUCCUCGCCACCAGCUUGCUCAUCCGACUCUGCCUUCUCAAGCCCAUCGCUAUGGGCCAAGAGCACAGCACCCGCCUCAACAUGCUUCGCAAGAAUGAGCCCGGCUAUAACCGUGCCAUGGAGGCUUGGAAGGAGUCUAUGAUCAACAAGGACGUCAUCGGCGGCCAGGCGGCCAAGGCCGCCAUGAAGGCCCUUGAGGAGAAGCACAAGGUUAACAAGCUCAUGCCUUUUAUCAGCUUCCUCCAACUCCCUAUCGGCUUCGGCAUGUUCCGUAUCCUAAGGGCCAUGUCUGACCUGCCCGUCCCUGCCCUCGAAACUGGCGGUUUGGCGUGGUUCAGCAACCUCACUGUACCCGACCCAUGGUACAUUCUUCCUUUGAUCGGUCCUCUGACCAUGGUUGCCACUAUGAGGAUUACCAGCAAACACAGCGAUGCUACGCAGCAGACCACGAUGAAAGCGAUUUCUUACGUCAUGAUUCCCCUUGGUUUCAUCGUCACCAGCUUCAUGCCCGCUGGUCUCCAGUGGUACUUCGUCACCGCGUCCGUCCCCAGUCUUGUCCAGACUUGGCUCAUGGUCCAGCCCUGGUUCCGCAGAUGGAUUGGCAUGAUGCCCCUUCCUGAGCCCCUCGCCAGCGCCCCUAUUAGCUCGAUAUCCGCCACAGGGACAUCAACUCAGAGCCCUCCCGGUAUGAUUGAGAGCAUGAAGAAGUCUCUCCGGGAUGCUACUGAAGCGGCCACAGCUAAAAGGGAUGGUACCAAGCAGAGGAAAUCCAAGGAGACCAGCGAAGCUGAGGAGGCUAAACUACAAGCUGAAUAUUACGAGUCUCUCCGGGAAAGGAUGGCCGAGUUAGAGAAGCAGAUGAAGCGGAGGCCCUAA